AAUCGAGCAAGCGAUGAUGCAGGGGGGGCCGCCCGGCGUGCCUCCCUCGGCAGCGGCGGCGGCGGCGGCACAAGGUAUGGCUGCUCUGCCCUUGGCGCCGCCGGGUAUCGCACCACCGUCGGCAAUGCCGCCUCCACAGCAGGGGUUCUUGCCGCCGCCCGGCAUACCCGAGACUCCCACGCCCGCCGACCUGGAGAAGCAGCUGGACGAGAAGGCCAGGAAAUGGAUGCAGCUCAACAACAAGCGCUACGGCGAGAAGCGGAGGUUUGGGUUUGUGGAGAUCCAGAAGGAGGACAUGCCGCCGGAACACGUGAGGAAGAUUAUCAAGGACCAUGGGGAUAUGUCUUCCAAAAAGUAUCGCCACGACAAGCGGGUCUACUUGGGUGCGCUCAAAUUCGUGCCUCAUGCCGUCUACAAGCUCCUCGAAAACAUGCCCAUGCCCUGGGAACAGGUCCGCGAUGUAAAGGUCCUGUAUCACAUAACCGGUGCCAUCACAUUCGUGGACGAGAUCCCGUGGGUUGUAGAGCCUAUCUACUUAGCUCAGUGGGGUACUAUGUGGAUCAUGAUGAGGCGCGAGAAGAGGGACAGGAGACAUUUCAAGCGAAUGCGUUUCCCUCCUUUCGAUGACGAGGAGCCUCCGCUUGAUUACGCUGAUAAUCUUCUCGACGUGGACCCGCUGGAACCCAUUCAGCUCGAACUUGAUCCUGAGGAAGACGCUGCCGUCUACAGGUGGUUCUACGACCACAAGCCGCUCGUCAAGACAAAGCUGAUCAACGGCCCCAGCUACCGUCGGUGGCAACUGUCGUUACCCAUUAUGGCCACACUCCAUAGGCUGGCCGGGCAGUUGCUAUCGGAUUUGAUCGACAGGAAUUAUUUCUAUCUCUUCGACAUGGAAUCCUUCUUCACUGCGAAAGCUCUGAACAUGUGCAUACCAGGGGGUCCCAAGUUUGAGCCGCUUUACCGUGACAUGGAAAAAGGUGAUGAGGACUGGAACGAGUUUAACGACAUUAACAAACUCAUUAUUCGGUCUCCGCUGAGAACCGAAUAUCGAAUAGCUUUCCCUCACCUAUACAACAACAGGCCUCGAAAAGUGAAGCUUGGUGUAUAUCACACGCCCAUGGUGAUGUACAUCAAGACAGAGGAUCCCGACCUUCCUGCAUUCUACUACGACCCCUUGAUACAUCCGAUACCCUUUUAUAAGAUGGACCGGAGGGAGAAGAAGCCAGUUGUAGAGGAGAGCGAGGAAGAGGACGAUUUUGAACUUCCAGAAGGUGUUGAACCUCUAUUGCCCACGACAAAAAUCUACACCGACACUACUGCUGCGGGAAUUGCACUACUUUUCGCGCCUCGGCCCUUCAACAUGCGGUCUGGUAGGACGCGUCGUGCCGAAGACGUUCCCCUUGUUUCCGACUGGUACAAAGAGCACUGUCCACCAACAUACCCUGUCAAGGUCAGGGUCAGCUACCAGAAGCUUCUCAAGUGCUAUGUUUUGAACGAGCUCCAUCACCGGGCUCCUAAAGGGCAGAAGAAGAAGUACCUGUUUCGCUCUUUACGUGCUACAAAAUUUUUCCAGACGACAGAGUUGGACUGGGCCGAAGCUGGACUGCAAGUCUGUCGUCAAGGCUACAACAUGCUCAAUUUGCUGAUCCAUCGCAAGAACCUCAACUAUCUGCAUCUUGACUACAACUUCAAUCUUAAGCCCGUGAAAACGCUGACGACUAAAGAGCGAAAGAAGUCCCGCUUUGGCAAUGCCUUCCACCUUUGCCGUGAGAUACUACGGUUGACAAAGCUCGUCGUCGACGCGAAUAUACAGUUUAGGCUGGGCAACGUCGAUGCCUUCCAGCUUGCCGAUGGAUUGCAGUACACAUUCUCGCACGUUGGGCAGCUCACGGGCAUGUACCGUUACAAGUACAGGCUCAUGCGUCAGAUCAGGAUGUGCAAGGAUUUGAAGCAUCUCAUCUACUACCGCUUCAAUACCGGACCGGUUGGCAAGGGUCCUGGUUGUGGCUUCUGGGCGCCUAUGUGGAGGGUUUGGUUGUUUUUCCUCCGCGGUGUGGUGCCGCUUUUGGAGCGAUGGCUCGGUAACUUGCUUGCUCGUCAGUUCGAAGGAAGACAUUCCAAAGGCAUCGCAAAAACUGUCACCAAGCAACGUGUUGAAAGCCACUUCGAUCUUGAGCUCCGGGCUGCAGUGAUGCACGACGUUCUAGAUGCUAUGCCAGGUACUACCACUUUAUCUCUUUGGAAGCAUCAUUGUGUAACUAAUUCUUUGUUCGACACAGAGGGAAUAAAGCAGAACAAGGCUCGAACCAUUCUUCAGCACUUGAGCGAAGCAUGGCGCUGCUGGAAAGCUAAUAUUCCGUGGAAGGUUCCUGGCUUGCCCGUUCCCAUAGAAAACAUGAUCCUGCGUUAUGUGAAGUCAAAAGCCGAUUGGUGGACCAACGUUGCCCACUACAAUCGAGAACGUAUCAGACGGGGCGCGACUGUAGACAAGACAGUCUGUCGGAAGAAUCUCGGACGACUGACACGGUUAUGGCUAAAAGCAGAGCAGGAGCGUCAACACAAUUAUUUGAAAGACGGACCUUACGUGACGCCUGAAGAAGCUGUUGCGAUUUAUACGACGACUGUCCACUGGCUCGAGUCAAGAAAGUUUUCUCCCAUCCCGUUUCCUCCCCUUUCUUAUAAGCAUGACACCAAGCUCUUAAUCCUGGCUCUCGAACGGCUAAAAGAGUCGUACAGUGUUGCUGUUAGAUUGAAUCAACAACAAAGGGAGGAGCUCGGCUUGAUUGAGCAGGCUUACGAUAAUCCGCAUGAAGCACUAUCUCGGAUCAAGAGGCACUUGCUAACUCAGCGUGCAUUUAAGGAGGUGGGUAUCGAAUUUAUGGAUCUCUACAGUCAUCUCAUACCCGUCUAUGAGAUCGAGCCUCUGGAGAAAAUUACAGAUGCUUACCUCGACCAAUAUCUAUGGUAUGAGGGCGACAAACGUCACCUGUUUCCCAACUGGAUCAAGCCCGCUGAUUCAGAGCCGCCUCCACUUCUCGUUUACAAAUGGUGCCAAGGCAUCAACAACCUGCAAGAUAUUUGGGAUACAAACGAGGGGCAAUGUGUUGUUAUGCUUCAAACGAAGUUCGAAAAGCUGUUUGACAAAAUCGAUUUGACAAUGCUGAACAGGUUAUUGCGUCUGGUUCUUGAUCACAAUAUAGCCGAUUAUGUGACUGCGAAGAACAACGUCGUGCUUUCUUACAAGGACAUGAGCCACACGAAUUCUUAUGGACUAAUCCGUGGUCUACAGUUUGCGUCGUUUGUGGUCCAGUACUAUGGUCUUGUUUUGGAUCUCCUAGUGCUGGGUCUUACUCGGGCGAGUGAAAUUGCUGGACCGCCACAGAUGCCAAACGAGUUUAUGACGUUCUGGGACGUGAAAGUUGAAACACGCCAUCCUAUUCGUUUAUAUUCGCGAUACAUCGACAAAGUGCACAUGCUUUUCCGUUUUACGCACGAGGAAGCCAGAGACUUGAUCCAGAGAUAUCUGACCGAGCACCCGGAUCCUAACAAUGAAAACAUUGUCGGGUACAACAACAAGAAAUGCUGGCCAAGAGAUGCUCGAAUGCGGCUUAUGAAGCAUGAUGUAAAUCUUGGACGAAGUGUCUUCUGGGAUAUUAAAAACAGAUUGCCUCGAAGCAUUACUACGCUGGAAUGGGAAAACAGCUUCGUCUCCGUGUACAGCAAGGACAAUCCUAAUCUGCUCUUCAGCAUGUGUGGCUUUGAGGUUCGAAUUCUUCCAAAAUGCCGCAUGUCUCAGGAAGCUUUUGGUAGUAAGGAUGGUGUCUGGAAUCUACAAAACGAGCAGACGAAAGAGCGUACGGCUAUGGCUUACCUUCGGGUGGACGACGAGCAUAUGAAAGUCUUUGAGAACCGAGUCCGUCAGAUUCUUAUGUCUUCAGGAUCGACAACGUUCACCAAAAUUGUCAACAAAUGGAACACCGCCUUGAUCGGAUUGAUGACAUACUUUCGGGAGGCUACUGUCCAUACUCAGGAAUUACUUGAUCUGCUGGUGAAAUGUGAGAAUAAGAUUCAAACCCGAAUCAAGAUCGGCUUAAAUUCAAAAAUGCCUAGCCGGUUCCCUCCUGUCAUUUUUUAUACUCCAAAGGAAAUAGGAGGCCUGGGCAUGCUUUCAAUGGGGCAUAUACUCAUACCGCAGAGUGACUUGCGUUAUAGUCAGCAGACGGACGUGGGAAUAACGCAUUUCCGGAGUGGUAUGAGCCACGAAGACGAACAGCUUAUUCCGAACUUGUAUCGGUACAUUCAACCUUGGGAGAGUGAAUUUAUCGAUUCGCAGCGGGUUUGGGCCGAAUAUGCACUGAAGAGGCAAGAAGCUCAAGCGCAAAACAGGAGGCUUACGCUGGAGGAUUUGGAGGACUCUUGGGACCGCGGUAUUCCACGUAUCAACACAUUGUUUCAAAAGGAUCGACAUACGCUUGCAUAUGACAAGGGAUGGCGUGUUCGGACAGAUUUCAAGCAGUAUCAGGUUCUCAAGCAGAAUCCUUUCUGGUGGACUCACCAGCGGCAUGACGGCAAGCUCUGGAACUUGAACAACUACCGGACGGAUGUGAUUCAGGCCCUGGGAGGUGUAGAAGGAAUAUUGGAGCACACACUUUUCAAAGGGACGUACUUUCCGACGUGGGAGGGUCUUUUCUGGGAGAAGGCGUCAGGCUUCGAGGAAUCUAUGAAGUACAAGAAGCUGACCAACGCUCAACGGUCCGGGUUAAACCAGAUUCCGAAUCGCCGCUUCACUUUAUGGUGGUCUCCUACUAUCAACCGGGCAAACGUUUACGUCGGCUUCCAGGUUCAGCUCGAUCUGACAGGCAUUUUCAUGCACGGCAAGAUUCCAACCUUGAAGAUCUCCCUCAUUCAAAUCUUCAGAGCUCAUCUGUGGCAGAAGAUCCACGAGAGUGUGGUGAUGGAUCUUUGUCAAGUCCUCGACCAAGAGUUGGAUGCUUUGGAGAUUGAGACCGUGCAGAAGGAAACCAUCCAUCCUCGAAAGAGCUACAAGAUGAACAGCUCUUGCGCAGAUAUCCUCCUCUUUGCGGCGUACAAAUGGCCCAUGAGCAAGCCAAGUCUUGUUGCGGAAGGCAAAGACCAUUUCGAUCAGAAGACGAGCAAUAAGUACUGGAUUGACGUUCAGCUGCGUUGGGGUGAUUAUGAUUCUCACGACAUCGAGCGCUACACAAGAGCAAAGUUCCUUGACUAUACCACGGACAACAUGUCCAUAUAUCCAGCCCCAACAGGUGUCAUGAUCGGCAUCGAUUUGGCCUACAAUUUACACUCCGCGUUUGGAAAUUGGUUUCCCGGAUCUAAGCCACUUCUUGCUCAAGCUAUGAACAAGAUUAUGAAGGCGAAUCCUGCUCUUUACGUGCUACGGGAGCGGGUGCGGAAAGGUCUGCAGCUGUAUUCAUCGGAGCCUACAGAGCCUUACCUCUCGUCUCAAAACUAUGGAGAGCUUUUCAGCAACCAGAUCAUCUGGUUUGUCGAUGACACCAAUGUGUAUCGGGUUACCAUCCACAAAACAUUCGAAGGCAACUUGACAACCAAACCUAUCAAUGGAGCAAUCUUUAUCUUCAAUCCACGUACUGGGCAACUGUUUCUGAAGGUAAUUCAUACCAGUGUCUGGGCUGGGCAAAAGCGUCUGGGUCAGCUUGCAAAAUGGAAAACAGCGGAAGAAGUAGCCGCCCUGGUCAGAUCACUACCUGUGGAAGAGCAGCCGAAGCAGAUCAUCGUGACUCGCAAGGGGAUGCUUGAUCCUUUGGAAGUUCAUCUUCUUGAUUUCCCCAACAUCGUCAUCAAGGGGAGCGAGCUGCAGUUACCUUUCCAGGCUUGCUUAAAGAUUGAAAAAUUCGGCGAUCUGAUUCUCAAGGCUACAGAACCCCAGAUGGUUCUCUUCAACAUAUAUGACGACUGGCUCAAGAGUAUAUCCUCGUACACGGCCUUUUCGCGGUUGAUAUUAAUCCUCCGGGCAUUACAUGUGAACAACGAAAAGGCCAAAAUGCUCUUGAAGCCGGACAAGACUAUUGUUACAGAACCCCAUCAUAUUUGGCCUUCCUUGACGGAUGACCAAUGGAUGAAGGUCGAGGUUGCACUGAGAGAUCUUAUAUUGUCCGACUAUGCCAAGAAAAACAAUGUAAAUACUUCUGCAUUGACGCAGUCGGAGAUUCGAGACAUUAUUCUUGGUGCCGAGAUCACUCCACCUUCGCAACAACGGCAGCAGAUCGCUGAGAUUGAGAAGCAGGCCAAGGAAGCGAGCCAGCUUACUGCUGUUACGACUAGAACCACGAAUGUUCAUGGUGAUGAGCUUAUCGUCACCACUACCAGUCCCUACGAACAGCAAGCUUUUGGUUCCAAGACAGAUUGGCGUGUACGAGCAAUAUCGGCGACCAAUCUCUAUCUCCGCGUCAAUCAUAUAUACGUAAACUCGGACGACAUUAAGGAGGCUGGGUACACGUAUAUCAUGCCCAAGAACGUCCUCAAGACUUUCAUAUGUGUCGCCGACUUGCGGACGCAGAUUGCAGGAUACCUAUACGGCCUGAGCCCACCUGAUAAUCCUCAGGUGAAGGAGAUUCGCUGCAUUGUAAUGCCGCCACAGUGGGGGACGCACCAGCAGGUUCAUUUGCCUGCGGCUCUUCCGGAGCACGACUACCUCAACGACUUGGAACCUCUUGGAUGGAUACACACCCAACCCAACGAGUUGCCACAGUUGUCUCCACAGGACGUUACUUCUCAUGCCAAGAUCUUGGAGAACAACAAGCAGUGGGAAGGGGAGAAGUGUAUCAUAUUGACUUGCAGUUUUACGCCCGGCUCGUGCUCCUUGACGGCUUACAAGCUCACCCCGACUGGCUACGAGUGGGGCCGUGCCAACAAAGACACUGGCAGCAAUCCCCAUGGGUACCUUCCCACACAUUACGAGAAGGUCCAGAUGCUCUUGAGCGACCGCUUCUUGGGCUUUUACAUGGUUCCCGAUAAUGGGCCAUGGAACUACAACUUCAUGGGCGUCAAGCACUCGACCGGGAUGAAGUAUGGCGUUAAGCUGGCCAAUCCCCGCGAGUACUACCACGAGGACCACAGGCCGACGCACUUUUUGGAAUUUAGCAACCUGGAGGAGGCUGACCACGUAGAAGGCGAUAGGGAGGACGCCUUCAACUGAGAGAGUCUGUUGAUGUGUUGUAACCUUUUUAAAUGUAUCGAUGACUAAUAUUCCCGCCAA